AUGGAAGUUGUACUGGUUCUCGAGGAGGCUGUCCAGCAAACUUUGUCAUGUGAUUCUGAUGAGCGUUGCCGUGAAAGUUCUACAGCUGCUCUGGCAGUUAUGCUUGCCAUUUCUGCUGAAUCAGCAGCUGCCUGUGCUGCAGUGGUAGCAUCCUCGAAUUGCCCGUUUCAAUUCUCCCUACCGGAAGAAAAAUCAUUUCCAUCCCCAGGAACAGGACAUAGAUGCCUGUCUUCCAUCCCAUCAGUUUCAUUUCCUGUAUGCAAAUGUCCAAUUAAUUAUCAAACAAGUGAUAAAUUCAAAACACCACCACUACAUACUAAAACUCAAUAA